AUGCCAGAUAGUGACUACAGCUACGUCGCUGUAAAAGUCUAUAUUCAGUCUCCCACAUCCCAGCCUCGGAUCAAUCGUGAGGUGGAAGCAUACAAGCAUCUCGCGAUUGUUCAAUCAUCACACGUCGGGAGACGAUUCAUACGCAAUGUGGUUGAUUCCUUUGAGCUCGAGCGACCAGACGGGAGCCAUCAUCACUGCCUGGCUUACGAGCCCCUUCAGAUAACCUUAUUCGACUUCCAGAGACUUGGCGGUAACACGAAGGGGCUACCAGAACAACUGGUCAAAGGGGCCCUACGGCAUCUACUCCAGGCUCUAGAUUUCCUUCAUACAGAAGCCAACAUUGCACAUUGCGACCUCAAAGCUAGCAAUAUCAUGUUGACAGUUGAGGAUGAAAAUAUUUUUGAGGAUUUUGAACAAGCCGAAAAAGCAGAUCCGUCCCCCCGAAAACUGAUCAACGAUGAGAGCUCGAUCUACGCCACGCGAGAUUUUCGCCCCCCAAGAAAUCAUGCCUGGGGCUAUCCCGUGCUGUGUGAUUUCGGGGAGGCUCGCAUCGGUGCCAAUCAUCCACAUGAAUGGAUCCAGCCCGAGAUAUACAGAGCCGCUGAAAUCCUCCUGGAAUUAGAUUGGUCUCAUAGUGUGGAUGUUUGGAAUGCCGGUUGUCUGGCGUGGGAUCUCUUAGAACAGAAGCACCUCUUCGAUGAGGAAGGCUACACCAACAGUUACCAUAUCGCGGAGAUGGUUGCGUACCUUGGAACUCCGCCGUUGGAAUUUCAGCGACGGAGUAUACGUUCGCCUUUGGUGUUCACAGACGAUGGUACGUACUUUCUCACUAUCAUCUUUCAGCGUGACUGCAGCCUCAUAUGCUACAAAUCAGGCCACUGGAAGUGA